AUGCGUUUCGGCAAUGUUGUUUUAGCAGCCGCUGCCGGCUCUGUCGUCGAGGCUCAACGACCAAAGGACCAGAGCAUCUGCGACUAUUACACGACCGCAUUGCUCAAGACCAACAAUGCUACGAACCAAGCUACUCUGUUGACUCUUUUGGUUAACACCGUCGUCAUUGGAAACUAUACCAUGCCUAAUCACAAUGCCGUUCCUGGUAUCCUUGCCCCCGGUGAGAUAGACGGCAAGAAGGUCAACUUGGCUCCUUACUUCUCUGGGGCUCUGGCUUCGACCAAUACCGGUGGAAAGAUGGGCGAGUCCGUCAACUUCCUCGAUGGCGGUGGUGCGGCACCUCUCAAAGAGAACAAGCCAGCCAAUGACAUGUCAUCCCACCAGUACUUCCUCCUCACUCACCUUUACGAGUUCUUUGGGGCUCUCCUGGGAUGCAGCAUGCAGGGAAUGACUGGAUUCAAGGCUUACAGUGGGCGAGCAUCGAUGGCAGAGGUCCACAAGUUCAUGGACUUGGGCAAACCCGAGAUGGACUACUUCGUUACUCAAGUCGGUCUCGCAGCGGCCUCCUUUGGCGUAGCCAAGGACGACAUCACCACCGUAGCCGAAGCUCUCAACUCCAUCUUCAACGUUGCGUGUGGACCACCAACCACGGUUAUCAAGGCCCAGGGCCCUCAGCUGCAGUCCAUCUGCAUCGACCAAGCUACCUGCCCCAAGGCACCUAAGGAUGCCAUGUGCGACAAAUACCCUACCGUUAUGAAGCCUGGCAACGCAACGGGUACCAUGAUGCCGUCUGGAACCGCCACUGGCACUGCCUCUGGAACAAAUAUGCCCAGUGGUACGUCUACGAAUAUGCCUUCUGGAUCAACUGCGCCCACUGCUGCUGCUGCUGCUGCCAACGGAUACAGCUUCGCUGCCGCUGUGGCUGGCGUGGCUGCCUUCCUCCUGUAA